CGUGGAGGAAGCAGCCGUUUUGCUCAUGCGCCCUCCGCUCUCGCGUUCCCAUGCUGAGGUGAGAACUCCUAGGGCUCUCAGAACCUUGUCACACCGACCGGCGGAGCCCUCCGAACAUCUGCAGAAAUGUCUAAUGCAAAAGAAAGAAAACAUGCUAAGAAAAUGCGAAACCAGCCCAGUAAUGUGACUUUGUCUUCUGGCUUUGUGACUGAGAGAGGUGGAAAGCACCAUUGUGGAGGGGGGAAGCCUUCCCAGUCUCAGAAACAAGAGUUUCAUUCUGGAACCUCACAGCAGUGGCAAAGCAAGAUGAGCCCCCACUUACUUCCUAAGCCUGACAUGAAUGAGCAAUCUUCCUCCAAAACCAUGUUUAAGAAAAAGGGAGGUUGGAAAGCAGGUCCUGAAGGCACAUCUCAGGAGAUCCCCAAAUAUAUAACUGCUUCUACUUUUGCUCAGGCACGAGCUGCUGAAAUCAGUGCUAUGUUAAAAGCUGUGACCCAGAAGUCAUCUAAUUCACUGGUUUUCCAGACCCUUCCACGGCACAUGCGACGAAGAGCCAUGAGCCACAAUGUCAAACGCCUUCCUAGACGGUUGCAAGAGAUGGCCAAAAAAGAGGCUGAGAAAGCAGCUCAUCAGAAAAAAGAACAGUCAAAAACGAAAUGCCAUAAAGCCCGAAGAUGUCACGUAAAGCGGACACUGGUGUUUAACCGAAGACAGAAGAGGAACAUAUGGCUAGAGACCCACAUCUGGCAUGCCAAACGGUUUCAUAUGGUGAGGAAGUGGGGCUACUGCCUCGGGGAGAGGCCCACAACCAAGAGCCACCGAGCCUGCUAUCGUGCCAUGACAAAUCUCUGCCUCCUGCAGGAUUUAUCAUAUUACUGUUGUUUGGAGUUGAAGGGCAAAGAGGAAGAAAUACUGAAGGCGCUUUCUCAAAUGUGUAGUAUAGACGCAGGGCUGACUUUUGCUGCAGUUCACUGCUUGUCUGGGAAGCGGCAAGGGAAUGUCAUGCUUUACCGGGCAAAUAAGUAUCCCAGAGAACUGCUUGGGCCUGUUACCUUUAUUUGGAAGUCUAAGAAGACCCCAGGAGAUACUUCUGAGGAUAGGCAGUUGUGGAUCUGGCUUCAUCCAACUCUUAAACUGGCCGUCCUAGAGGAAAUAAAAACAACGUGCCAGUGUACAGAACCAGUCAAAUCAAGUGUCUGUGUCCCUGACCCAUUCCUGACAGCAGCCCAGGAAGAAAGUCCAUCUGAACUUUCUGAUGACAAAAUUGGCAAGAAAAGGAAAAGGAAAAAUGAUGAAGAAAGUGCUAAACGAAUGAAGAAAACUAUUGGUGAUGGAACUAGAGACCCAUGUCAGCCAUGCUCAUGGGCCUCUCCUACUACAGAGAUUGUAAUCAGUGAUUUGACAAUGGAGAUGAACAGGUUCCGGCUGAUUGGUCCUCUUUCCCACUGCAUCCUGAUUUCAGCACUGCAGGCUGCUCCUGUACACACAGGGGAGGAGGAUGCAGAACAGACACCUCAUCACUGGUGGAGUGACACUUGCAAGAGCUCUGAUGGUGUUUUUCUUCAUCAAAGACAAGAAGCAGUGUUUCAGUUGCUAGGAGGGAUAUCAUCACCAGCUGAAAUUCCUUCAGGUACUAUUCUUGGAUUGACAGUUAGGGAUCCGAGAAUAAAUUUGCCCCCACAGCGGUCCAGAGCUUUGCCCGAUCCAGAAAGAUACCAAGAUAAUGAGCAAAUUAAGCAGCUGCUUCUGGAGGGCGUGCCUGUGGACUGUGUGCAUAGCUUUAUCUGGAACCAGGAUAUUUGUAGGAGUGUCACAGAGAAUAAAAUCUCGGAUCAGGAUUUAAACCGGAUGAGAAGUGAAUUGCUGGUGCCUGGGUCACAGCUUGUUUUAGGGCCUCGUGAAUCCAAGAUACCUAUACUUUUGAUUCAACAGCCAGGAAAAGUGACUGGAGAAGACCGAUUGGGCUGGGGAAGUGGCUGGGAUAUCCUCCUUCCCAAGGGUUGGGGCAUGGCUUUUUGGAUUCCAUUUAUCUACCGAGGUGCAAGAGUUGGGGGGUUAAAAGAGGCUACAGUGCAUUCUCAGUACAGACGGUCACCGACCAUCCCAGGCGAUUUCCCGGACUGCCAAGCUGGGGUUCUGUUUGCUGAGGAUCAAGCUAGGGAUCUUCUAGAAAAGUAUAAAAGACGCCCUCCUGCCAAGAGGCCCAACUAUGUUAAGCUUGGCACACUGGCACCUUUCUGCUGCCCCUGGGAACAGCUGACUCAGGACUGGGAGGCCAGGAUUCAGGCCCAGGGUUCAGUGCCUGAUGCUCAGGGCAGUGACCCAGGACUCGGCCUGCCUGCUGUCCCUGAGGAGAUCUGGCAGCCAUUUGAUGAGGCAGGCGUAGCUGAAAACCAACCCAUGAAACCACAAGUCUCAGGCUGUCAAGUGCAGGCUCGGACUGAGGUGGUUCUGGAGCAGGGUGCCAGUGAGAAUCACAUGGCUGCCACUGGUAGCCGGCUCUGUGUUGUUCGGAGCAGGAAAUUACUGAAGCAGCUCUCUUCCUGGUGUGGGCCCAGUUCCAAGGCCAGGAGGGCUCCCUGCAGAGGCCAGCAAGAAUUGACCAGAAAGGCCUGCUUGUCCAUUCUGGGUGAUUUCCCCAGAGCUCUGGUGUGGGUCAGCCUGACUUUGCUCAGGAAAGGCAGUCCUGAGCCACGCACUAUGAUCUGUGUCCCAUCAGAGGAGGACCUGCUCCAGCUCAGUCAGGAUCAAGGUUUCCACGGACCCAGGGAGUCCAGACACAGUGACCCGUUCAAGAGGCUGAUUCUGAAAGAGAAAGAAAGGAAGAAAAUGAAGAGGCAUAAGCGAGCAGCCAAGGGCCUGGUGGCAGGGCCAUCAUCAGCUGGGCAGGAAACCCUGACUCGGGGGCUGUGGUCAGGUCCCCUCCCAGGCCUGACUUUACACUGCUCCAGAGUUCUCCUGGGCUUUGUCACACAGGGAGAUUUCUCUAUGGCUGUUGGUUGCGGGGAAGCCCUAGGGUUUGUCAGUGUGACUGGCUUGCUGCAAAUGUUGUCCAGCCAGUCAGCAGCCACAAGGGGGCUGGUACUGCUGCGGCUGCCCACCUCCCUGCAGUACCGGUUUGCAAGAAUUGCUAUUGAGGUGUGAACAUGGGUUCACAGCCUGGUUGGACAGAGAUUAUAACUGUUUUUGUCAAAUCCCACAGAGAUCCUGGCUGUCUCUGUUGUCUGAUUUAAAAUACAGUGUGAAACUGCUUGGAAACAAGAAUUAAAAUUAUAUAAUUA